AUGUUCAUGGGAACAUCGCUCUCCCAAUCCAUCCCGCCAUGGCCCUCGGCGACCGUCCCCUCCUUCUACAUGCCUUCAUCCCCUCCUACUCCCCCGGCAGCGACCACGAUCUCAAACGCACAGAUCCUGCCGUUCCCCGCGCCCACAGCCGCGGGUUCUGCAGCGCCCGUGGUCAUCAAUCUCCAGGCGGAUGUGACCAUCUCGCGCUACGACCAGUUCUACGAUGCACCGCUUCCAUCCUUUCGGCCAACCUACUAUGCCAUGGCCGAUGGCUCGCUGCUCUCUCAGGCGUAUGUAGAUGAGAUGACGGUGUCCAAAGCUCCGGUGUUCGUCGCGGGUGGCCUCUUGGUCUUCUUCCUGCGCAACGCUCGCAAGUCGGUCUUGUUCCUCCGGAGAACCAGGGUGAAGGACAAGACACUCUUCUACCUGCUCGCGUUGAGCCAGCUCCUUGGACUCGUCGCCAUCGUCGUGAGCGCUGUGGGGUUGCUGGACAUGACAGUUGGCUGUAAUACGAUCGAUGCCGUCAGGAAGGUGUUCACGAAGCUAUCUUGCGAUGCUAUGAUCUCAGGUAUCAUCGGCGUGAAGGCGUACCGAUGCCUGGGCAAUAGUCGGCUUGUAUUGCUGUUUCUGCUCUGUGUGACGGCCAUUAUGUGGACUCUGGUAGGACUGGAGAUCGCGAACUACAGUGCGCAUCGAUCACGAUAUGGUGUGUGUCAGGAUACCGGCCAACCGUCCCACAUGUCUGCUAUCAUCUUAACCGAAUUCAUCGAAACUGCUAUACUAUGCGCGUGUUUCUUUCUCGCCGUCUGGAAGUCCUGCCGCACACGGGCCGAGGCUCGUAUUACGAUAUCCGCCGCAGAUGAAGGAAAACUCUACGAGCGAAAUGAUGCAAACAUGGAGGGAAUACCGUCUCGGAGGGGAUGGUGGGACUACGUACCGGAAGCACAUGCGAGCUCUACCAAUGGCGGUAGACCCUAUCUGUGCGCCAUGAUGCACGCACUCAAGGAGUGGAUUUCUCGAUUAUGGUCUGACGAUGACUUCCCUGCUGGGAUCGCGUACCAACGAAAGCCAUCUCUGCCAGGAGAAUUUCCUCUUCCCCAACCUUCCCGACGAUCCGCGCCUGGCCGUAUAUCCUCACGAUCCGCUGUUCGACGCUUCACACAGUUCUCCUCUCUCCCUUGGGUCUCCGUAACACGAAGAUGGGGCCACCACUUCUUUGGCCGUCAGCUGUUCCAACAGAUGCUGAGGAACGAGCUAUUGUAUACUACCAUGAUCACCGGUAUAUUCAUGGCACUCGCUAUCGCGCUCCUCGUCGGCAUACAUAGCAACCCCGACUUAGGCGCGGAACAGUGGAUAACAUUGAACUGGAUCAUCAUCUCCUUGUUCACGAUGCACAGCUUCUCAAGAGUGGUUCGCCGGCAUGAGCUGGAAUCCGUCUUGCAGCAUCCGGCUGCCUGGGAUCGCAUGCUUCGCACAGACGGGGACUACUCAGAAGUCUUCUAUGGUCCUGGUCCGCACCGGACGAGAUCAUCCCGUAACAGCAGCUCGCCGUCACCCGCACGUAUCCAGACCAACAGGCCUGGUGAAGGGGUCGCUAGCUUUUUCCCAAACCACGCCUCUUCGCAGGACGUUCCCUUUUCCUCGUACGCUGUCUCGCCAAUCACGCCAUCGUCCUCAAGAAAGCCAUCAGCCGCAUCAUCACUCCCGUCCUUACACUUCCAACAGCUGACAUCCCCUCAUGACUCCCCUCCUAGAUCACCUGCCUUUGACACCCUUACGCCUCUACCGUAUCCUCCGUCUUCUCCUACUGCAAGUUCUCCCGCUUUUCGUUCGACUCACACGCAGACGUGCUACGUUCAACCCCGAACUCGGGGCCAUCAAGAGCUCUCUUGA